AUGCAUGAAUUGUCCUAUGAAAAAAUACUUGGAAUAGUUUUAAAAGUCCUUUAUAUUUCUCCCUUCACAUUAUUUUAGCAAAGGAAAGAAAAGGAAGGAGGGAAGAAGACAAAGAAACAAGAUUGUUUCCAAUUUGAUCCGAUGGAAAGCGCUGCUGUAGCGGGACGCGGUGACAAGUGGUGCGAGGGGUAUCGGUGAUUAGGAGGGAAGAAGAGGAGGAGCGAGAGAGAGAGAAGAAGAAGAGAGGGCUAAGCCCGUGAAAAAAGGACGAGUGGUAGAAAGAGAAAGGGAGAGGGAGAACAGGAGCGCAUGCCGCAGCCACGGCCCCCAACUUGCCCUAAACUCGUGCGAGCAGGCUCUAUCGUCGGGCGAAUUUUAAUGGCGGCUUAUUCCCGACUCCCUGUUUAGUGUUGUGUUGUGGAGUGAAUCGAUGAACACAUUGUUUGAUUGAAUUUUACACACGUGCAACCUGGACGACACGAAUGGACCCUAACUUAUUGUCAAAUAUAUAGACAAAAUAAGAGUUUUCAAUUUGUGCAAGGAACGGUGUUCCCACCUCAUACAAGUAUAUAGAAAAUAAUUCGAUCGAGAUACAGAGGCUCACGAGACAUGGUGCACAUCCGCGAUGUGCCGUAGCCGUGGCGACUCACCACCUCUCAACGGAUUCUUCAACCCUACAGCCGUUUCCUACGCCUUCGCUCUUACGUGGAAAAGGGGUACCGGACAGUGAGCAUCAUGUCGGUACCUGGCCAUACAUAUUGCUGGUAGUAACGUAUUCAUAUUGGCGUUCUACCAGCGGUUAUUAUACCCUAACUAUACCUAUUAAGCUUCCUACCCUAGCCUUGCAUACGCACAAACGCACACGCCUAGCGUGCGCGCACGUGCUUUGCUAGGUGUCGUAUACACACCAUGAGAUUCCUGGAGUAUAGAACAUUUUCUAUUUCAUCAAUAUUUUCACCUUGCUGCUUGCUGCAACCGUCCUUCCAUGGAUCAUUAUUUUCGUCCAUGUCUGUUGCCACUUGGUUUUUAGUGGUAUUGGUAACUGCAGCAAUAGACACCCCUGCUAGUACUACUGUGCCACCACAAGAGAAUAAGUCACCUCACAUAGCUGCACAAUUUCCUGCCGAAGAAAGUCAGCAUUAUGGAUUUUAUGCCUUAGAUCCAAAUACAACGAGAGAAGGUGCCCUACGAUUUAAUCAUCUAGCCAUAGAUCCUAUCACAAAGAGACUCUAUAUUGGGGCUGUUAACAGACUCUUGCAGCUUGAUUCGAACCUUCAGCUUGAAGAACAUGUUUCAACAGGACCAAUAUUGGACAAUCCUCAGUGUCAUGCUACAGGCUGUUCUCCUAGAGAUGUAACAACACUAAUGAACAACGUAAACAAGCUUCUCAUUGCUGAUCUCGAAUCACGAACCUUAAUUGCAUGUGGUUCUCUUCGCCAGGGUGCUUGUGAAAAGUACAAAAUGUCGAAUAUAACUACUAAGCCAGAAUUUAUUCCUCUCAGUGUAGCAGCUAAUGAUGAAACUUCUUCUACAUAUGCUUUCAUUGGUCAAAGUUAUAAUCCAUGGGGAAAAACAAAUAUCCUAUAUGUAGGUACAACAUUUACCAACAGAGGAGACUAUCGGCACGAUGUACCUGCCAUUUCGAGCAGAAAUCUUCGUAAUUUAGAAAUUGCUGAGUUUUCAUUUACCAAACAAUCGAUAGUAUAUAUAGAUGUUAAAUAUAGAGAUCAUUUCUUAGUCAAAUAUGUCUAUGGAUUUAAUGCGAGUGAUUACGCAUACUUUGUAUUAGUACAGAAACAAUCUUAUCUUCCUGAACAAGAAGAAUUGGGAUAUACAUCUAGAUUGGCAAGAAUUUGUAUAAGUGAUCAAAAUUAUGAUAGUUAUACGGAAGUGACUUUGCAAUGUACGGUAGAUCUAGGAGACGGAAAACAACAUCUUUAUAAUUUAGUACAAGAUGCUAAGGUUGCAUUAGCAGGGAGCGAUUUGGCGAUGCAGCUUGGAAUAUCUGUUGGUGAUCCUGUGUUUGUUUCUGUGUUUUCUCCGAGCAAAGGUAUCACAAACGAACCUUUGUCUCGCUCAGCAGUUUGUAUCUACAGUCUACAGGAAAUUGAGACGAAAUUUAAUGAGAACAUUCACAUGUGCUUCAAUGGUACUAUCAAAUAUCGCAACAUGGGUUACGUGAGUGGUCCGAUACAAGAUGGAAAAUGUCCUUCGGCCGGUAAUACUGGAAAUAUUCUUAAUUUUUGUGAAGUAGGCUUGAAAAUUUCUGGCGUUUCACCUAUUGUAAGUCAAGCAAUUUUACAUUUUCCUGAUACAUUUGUGACUUCUGUGACCGUAGCAAAUACAGAAAGUCAUACAAUAGCAUUUUUUGGAACUGAUGAUGGUGUAUUGAAAAAAGUUUUACUUUCUGCAACUGAAGCAUUUGUUUAUGAAAGCAUUGUAAUUGACAAAGGUCAAAGAUUAUUACCUGAUACAGCAAUCUCUCCAGAUGGAGAACAUUUAUAUGUAUUGUCAACUUCAAGAAUUUCAAAAGUCAAAGUAGAACAUUGUAGUAGUUACACGAAUUGCAGUAGUUGUCUUGAUGCAAAAGACCCUUACUGUGGUUGGUGUUCCUUGGAAAAAAGAUGCACAGUUAGAGGUGACUGUCAAAAAGCAAGUCAUAGUAGUCCAAGAUGGUUGUCCUUAGGCACUGGUCAACAGUGUAUUGAUUUUGAGCAAGUGUUUCCUGAUCAUUUGCCUAUCAAUCAGAUGAUUACGGUUCAGUUAACAAUUAGAACAUUACCCGAAUUGCCAGCAGGUGCUAAUUACAAAUGCGUUUUUGGCAAUGCAGAACCAAUUGAUGCAUUGAUGACUGGUUUUGGCCUUUCCUGUCCUACACCACCUAUUUCAGAAAGGCCUAAUAUAAUUGAUGGAACUGAUCAUGUUCUUGUGCCAUUAUCUGUUCGUUCAAGUGAAACCAACAAAGAUUUCGUUUCUCGCAAUUUUGCAUUUUUCGAUUGCUCUAGACACACCGUAUGUACUGAAUGUGUCAAAUCUCAAUGGGCGUGCAGCUGGUGUGUGUAUGAUAAUAAGUGUACGCACAAUACAAGCUGCCAAGGUAUAAUAUCAGGAGAAAAUAAUCAGGCACAUCUUGCUGCACACGGAGCUCAGUACUGUCCUAGAUUCGUACCACAAAAGGAACCUUUGAUGUUACCAAACAGUGUACCUAAAGAAAUCAUUUUAGAAGUUGAAAAUUUACCACAUCCACAAGUAGGGCACAGUGGAUUUCAGUGUAUCGUUACGAUAGAAGGAGCUAAUUUAAAAGUUCAAGCAAGAGUUGACAGCAGUCGUUUUAUAGUUUGUGACAAAACAGUAUAUUCUUACGAAGCAUUUACGGGAAAAUAUAAAGCCGAAGUGACCGUCGUUUGGAAUGCCAAUCAUUAUGUAGAUCAAACAAAAAUAAUUCUCUAUAAAUGUGAAGUACUUGGAUCGCAUAGAGAGCAUGCAGACUGCUCUCUCUGUUUAACGAGAGAUCCACGAUUCGAAUGUACAUGGUGUGGGAAUAGUUGUGUGUAUAAACAUUCUUGUUUGCAUUCACCAUUUGCAGAAUGUCCGAAACCUAGGAUAGACAUGAUCAAGCCCCUAAGUGGGCCGAUUGAAGGUGGUACGUUAGUCACUAUCGAAGGCAGUAAUUUAGGAUUAAAGAAAAGUGACGUUGAAGGAAAAAUACAUAUUGGAGAUACCCCAUGUACUUUGGUGGACUAUGAAGUGUCCGUUCGUAUUGUUUGCCAAACAGGCCGGCACGAAGCAACGGAUACAGCUUCCGUAGUCGUUGGUAAUGACGCUGGAUUUACAGAAAGUGCAGUGUUAUUUAAUUAUAAAGAUAUACGUCUAACUGGUAUUUAUCCAUCUGUUGGUCCACAAAGUGGUGGUACACAACUAGCCAUUACUGGUAUGUAUUUAAACAUUGGAAGUACGAUAUCUGCGUAUUUGGAUGAACUAUCAUGUCACGUGAAUGCAACACAAGCAAGUAGUACAAGAUUAACGUGCGUUACAAGUAAAUCUGGUCGUGUAAGGAGGAUUCACAAGUUAACUUUAUCUAUUGACGGGGCAAAUCGUACAUUAAUAAAUAAUCCAUUUAAUUAUACACAUGAUCCAACUAUAAUGGAGAUCAAACCAUUGAAAAGUUUUGCUUCUGGCGGACGAAUGAUAACCGUUCACGGUACGAAUUUAGAUACCAUUCAAAAACCAGAAAUGGAAGUUUAUUUUGAAACCGAACUUAUGCCAGUUAAUCGUACCAUUUGUGCGGUAUUAAAUCCAACACAAAUGGAAUGUCCAAGUCCUAGUGUUGCUGGAAGAUUUGUAUCUCUUCAUCGUAACGAACGUACGGCAACAGGUAUUUCACAUUCGAUGAGAGUUGAAUCUCAAUUAUCGUUUAAAAUAGCAUUUAUUAUGGACAACGUGGAAAGUGUUAGAGAUUUAGAAAAGCAUUUUCAAAGUCUUAGAAAUCGUUUAUUGUACGUCGAGGAUCCGAAAUUUUUUCCAUUUCCACGUAAUGUGAAAUUGUAUAAAGGUGAUACGUUAGUUAUCGAAGGAGAAAAUCUAAAUUACGCAAGCGAUGAAUCUGACGUAAAUGUUACCGUUGGUAUGAUGCCAUGUAACGUUACUUCUCUUGCAUUAUCUCAAUUGGUCUGUACACCACCGGAUCAACAACCCGAUCCUACGGAUGAACUUGGAAUAAAAACAGAAAAUGGUUUACCUUUGGUAGUAGUACGUGUUGGAAAGAGUUUACGAUUUCCUAUUGGGUAUCUUCAUUACGAAGUUAUCAAAUCUUAUCCAAUACCACCGGAAGCAAUAGCGGGUAUCGCUGCUGGUACAUUUGGUCUUAUAUUCUUGUUCAUUUUGGUGUUAAUCAUUUAUAGAAGAAAAAGUACACAAGCCGAAAGAGAAUAUAAACGGAUACAAAUACAAAUGGAUACUCUUGAAAGUAACGUUAGAAUGGAAUGCAAACAAGCAUUUGCCGAAUUACAAACUGACAUGACAGAUCUAACAGCGGAUCUCGAAUCGUCUGGCAUACCAACACUCGACCAUAAAAAUUAUAUUAUGAAAGUCUUUUUCCCUGGUGUUAUAGAUCAUCCGAUAUUGAAUGAUCAGCGAUCACGCAGCAAUGUCUCUCGCACAAAUUAUGAUGCUGCAAUGGUGCAAUUUGAACAACUUAUUAAUAAUAAAUACUUUGUAUUAACUUUUAUUGACACGUUAGAGGCACAAAAGGAUUUCAAUAUACGAGACAAAGUUAACGUUGCCUCAUUAUUGAUGGUAGUUUUAAUGGGAAAAAUGGAAUAUGCAACUGAUAUACUUAUGAAUUUAUUACUUAGACUGAUCGAGAAAGCGGUUAAUACGAAGCAUCCACAACUUAUGUUAAGGAGGACAGAAUCUGUAGUUGAAAAAAUGCUUACCAAUUGGAUGGCACUUUGUAUGUAUAAUUAUUUGAAAGAUUACGCGGGUUCGUCGUUAUUUUUAUUAUUCAAAGCUAUUAAGCAUCAAAUAGAAAAGGGUCCUGUGGAUGUUAUUACGCACGACGCACGUUAUUCCUUAUCAGAGGAAAGACUUUUACGUGAACAAAUAGAGCACAGUGUUGUGACGUUGCACGUUGUUCAAGAUGAUUUGGAUGAAAAAAUUCAGUGCAAGGUUUUAGAUUGCGACACGAUAAGUCAAGUGAAAUCUAAAAUUUUGGAUGCACUUUAUAAGAAUACUCCAUUUUCGUUAAGGCCGUCCAUUCAUGAUGUGGAUUUAGAAUGGAGACAUGGCCGUGGUGGCCAUUUAACGCUUCAAGAUGAGGAUCUGACUACCAAAUGUAGUGGUGAAUGGAAAAAGAUAAAUACGUUAGCUCAUUAUGGUGUCAAGGAAUCUGCUGUAAUGUCUCUUAUACCCAGACAAAAUGAUGGCUUUCCUGUUUCUUGUAAACUACCAUGUCAUGCCUGCAAGCCAUCUCAUUAUCAUCAUCAACAACAACCGAUUCAUCAUCAUGGUCAUCAUCAUCAUUUACAUCAGCAUGCAAAUCAUUGUUCGUCCACUCAUCUUCCAUCCGCACCAAAUCACAGCUUAAUAAGUCCUAUAAUGUAUAACCAUCCUGUUAGCGGGUGUUAUUUCGAUUCUCAACAUUCACCGCCGAUAAUAACGGCAAACGGUGACGUCGAGAGUGGGCACGGAGGUAAUCAACGAUUAUACCAUUUGGUGAGGCCUAUAGAAGAAGUACACUAUCCUCCUGGCAUGGGUUUCACAAGUAAUAAACACCACCAUCAUCCUGAACGAACGCACAAAGCCAUUCCCGAAAUAUUCUUAACGAGGUUGCUCUCAACGAAGGGCACUGUCCAAAAGUUCGUUGACGAUUUUCUUAAUACGAUAUUGACGGCUAAUGAAGCAUUGCCCAGUGCUGUUAAAUGGUUGUUUGAUUUACUCGACGAAGCUGCCAAACAACAUGGUAUUGUAGACCCAGAAGUGGCACACGCGUGGAAAUCAAAUAGUUUGCCAUUAAGAUUUUGGGUGAAUUUUAUUAAAAAUCCAGACUUCAUGUUCGAUAUUAACAAGUCUACGACUGUCGACUCCAGCCUCUCUGUAAUAGCACAGACAUUUAUGGAUUCGUGUUCUAUGACAGAACACAGAUUAGGCAAAGAUUCUCCGUCAAAUAAAUUAUUGUUUGCCAAGGAUAUACCACAUUACAGAGAAAAGGUUGGUCGUUUUUAUAUGGACGUACAGAGGCUGCCACUAAUAACAGAUCAGGAAAUGUCUAGUGCCAUGCAACAAUUGAGUGCGUCUCAUGCUAAUGAAUUUGACGUGGUUGUAGCAUUGAAAGAACUGUACGCGUAUGUCAACAAGUAUUAUGAACAAAUCUUAGAGGCCUUGGAGACAGAUGCAGGCUGUCGCAAAUUACACCUAGCACAUAAACUAGAAAACGUAGCAUGCACACUCCAAGGGGAAGAGACUAGUGCCUGCUGACACAACCUCCUACUUUCCAUCCCAGGACCUAUCGACCUCUCCAGAAACACUGACUAGUGCCUCCACUUCAUGCAUCAGAUACACCUCGUUACAUAUGUACAAAUAUACACGCCAUGUGCAUAACAAUGCCGUAAGUAUGUGUGAUUUUGCUAAGGAUAGCCACGUGAUAGUGCACGGGAUGUCAUAAUCCUGCUGCAGUGUUUUGUUUGUCUCAUUAAAAUGCACUGGCGAGAAGAACAUGCAUAGAUAUUAACACAAGCAAAAUAUUGGCAAUUGUAAUCCUUAAACCUAAUUUGUAAUAUAAUAUAGAGGUACUUUAAAAUGAUAAAAUGAAUGCCUACUGUAAAAUAUAUUGACGAUAAGGACGAGCGACUGAAAUACUCAUUUGAAUCUCAAUGAUAGUAUGUGUGAUAUAUUGCAUGUAAAACUUUCGCACUAGAGAUCUUGGCUACUCAAAGAUAUUGUGCUAUAGUACAUAAAGAAACAUAGGUUUAAGGAUUAGAGAUGCAAAUUAAUAAUUAUAUAUGAUUAUUCAUUAGAAAUUUAAAUGUGAGUUUUUAAAUUCCGACUAAUAAUAAGUGAAUAUCUAUGCAUGUAAUUAAAUAAAAACAAAACGUAUAUAUACAACACAAUAAUACGUGCAAGAAGAGAACAAGUGAAGAAGCCAUUGUGUCCACCAGACUGUUUGUACAAAUGGUGUACGGCAGCGAGUAGUCUGUGAUCCGAGCACGAGUGGCUAUGCCUACUAUCUUCAUUACGAUACAUAUAAUUAUUAAUAUGUUAUAUAUAAAUAUAUAUAUAUAUAUAUAUAUAUAUACAUGAAAAAUAUAUAAAGCAAAAAUCACGCAACACACACCUUCAUGGAUUGUAGUGAGCUAGCUAGAGAGGGACUAUAUAUGUAUUAUAAGUUGAAGGGUUAAAUGCUCUGUUGAAAGAGGCAGCAUAAGAGAUAAUAUUAAAUUAAGACAAUUAAAAUAACUUUAGCGAAAAAAUUCAAGGAUAAAGAGUUAUGUGAGCAGCUCAGUCAGUUUAGGCCUAUCUAAUACGUAUGUUCAUCAUGUAAGAAACGUCUUUAUUUAUAAAACAUUGUUUAGAAUUCAUAUUUUGUUCAUACUUGUUUUAGGCAAUCAAUAUGGAUAUGGAAUAUCGUUGUUGUGUAAUUUGCGAUCGUCGUUUUCAGAAAAAAAAAAGAACUCAGUAAGAUCAUCAUCAUUGUCAUGGUUUAUUUCAUUCUAAUCGCAUAUGUGGCCAAGAUAAAAAGAAAAGGGACUUUAGUAAAGAAAAAUUAUCUUGACCGCGUACGCGUGAAAUUUCUAUUAUUACAAUUACAAGUCACUAUUGUCAUUAUUACAGCUACUAUAUUAUCAUCUCUAUCAUUAUUACACUACUAUUCAUACUACUACUACUAUUAUUGCUACUAUUACUACUACUAUUACUACUACUAUUACUUAUAUACAUAUUAUUAACACUGAUCAUUCAAUAAUGAUGAUUCUUAUCGUAUAUUGUUAAGAGAAACCGUAUAACAAAUGCAAAAAAAAAAUGUUUUAUAUGAUUGGAUAUAGAUAAUAUUAUACACACAUAUUAAAUAUUUUUUUUUAUUUUUUUUUUAUUUUUUUUUAAUCAUCAUCUGAUUAGGAGAGCAACAACAGUAUUGAACAAAAUGUAUAUAUUUGUCAAGAAGCACUUUUUCAUCAUCCAUUUUAUGAGAUAUAAAAAAGAAAAAGAAAGUCACGCUACUGAUGAUGCUAAUGCAUUUAAAACAAUUUUUUGUCGUUAACAACGACGUACACAUAGUAUUCCUUUAUAAAUGCAUUUUAUGUUUAGUUAAUAUGUAUAAGACUGGCUUUUUUUUUUUAAAGUAACAUUCUUGAGAUGAUCGUUAAUUCAUCUCUUAACUUGUAUUAUUCCGAACAAAAGAAAGAAUUUAAUCAAUUCAGCGCACACUGCCAAGGCUUUCUUAAUGCGCUAUAUUAUAAAUUCUCGAUCAGUUUAACAAGAAAUACGUAUUUAAAGCGGUUAUUUGAAUCGAAUCAAGAAAAUAACAAGAAAAAAAGAAAAAGAGAAGUUGAUGAUGUUCUGUCGAUGGUAGGCCUAGGGAAUCUGGGGGCAAAAAUUACUCUCUUGUACUUAACAAUCCUUUCUCCCUUGUAUUUCAAUUAAUCUCGAGUCCCCAGAAUCCCUCCCCUGCGACAUUAAUUAAUUCAUAUUAUCUCACUCUAUUAUAUGUAUUGUAUUUAUUUAUAUUACAAACAGACUAACUCUCUUUCUCUAUAAUUAUUAUUAUUAUUGAAAUGUGCGUUAAUCUGUACACUCCGCAUCAACAUUUUUUCGCAUAAUUCUUUUUACAUCUCUCUGUGCGUAUAAUUGUAUCAAAUUGAGUGCAAGAUUGUAUUUGUAUGUAUGUAUACACAUGAUUUUUAUUUUUAUUAUUAUUUUAAAAAAUUUUGUUUGUAUUUAAAUUGAAUUCUAUUCUCGAAACGAAACCAUUCGAAUUUAUACUACACAACACAAAAAGAUGGUUAUUGUGAAAAUACGAGAGUAUCGUUAGUAUUAUUUUUGUAAAACGCAUACAUUCGUAUGAACAAAUGAGAUAUAUGUAUGUAUGGUCCUUGUUCGCGAAAAUAUUGUAAAAAAAAAAACAAAUACGGUAUAUGUAUGUUACUUAUUCUACCAUACAUUUAACGUGAGCUUUCGUUAGUACGAAAUUUAAUUAAGAUAAAAGAUUUGAUAUUUAAUAUUAUCUAAUUCGUAGUGGUAAUUAUUUUUUUCAAAUAAUUUAUUUUUCUUUUAUUUUGUUCCUCCUUUUCUUAUUCUUUUUUCUGUAAACUCCAAAAUAGAUCUGAAUGUUUUAAUUUAACAACCAAAUUACAUUGUAUUCGUAUUAAGUAGGGAGAGGGAGAAAAAGAAAUUAAGAGCAUUUUGUUAUUAUUUUUUACUUUAUUUUUUAGAAUCGUGUAUAUAUAAUAUAUUGACACAUAAACCGUCUAUACUUAUAUAAUUCUAGUUUAUAUAAAAAUCAACGAUUUACCAACGCGCAUUAUAUGACUAUAUUGUAAACGUACAAUUUUAUGGAUAAAAUGUCCACAAAUAUUAACUCUUUAUCUGCCCUUACCCAAGUAAACGAAUAAAGGAAAAAAAUAAUGAUGGUAGGAUAGUAAUGAUGAUGAUUAUCUAAUACGAUAAUAAGAUUAUCGCUUUCGAUAAAAGAAAAAAGAGAAAUCAAAGAGCGUCCCAUUUUUCACAACGCUCGUUAGAAAUAGUACGAAUAAUAUAUUUUUCAUUCCUUAAUGAUGAAAUAAAAACAAAAGAAAAAAGAAAUAAGUAAAUAAAUAAAUUAAUAAUAAUGAUAAUAGAUUAAUAAUAAUAUAAAAAUGAUAAAAACAAAAAAAGAAGUUUAAUUUACUUCGGUGUGUGGCAGGUAAUGCGUUAAAAACAUUCAAAGAAGCGAGAGUAUGAUUAAAUAUUUUGUUGGUUUAAAAUGACAAAUAAAUUUGUAAUAAAUAGGAAUAAUGACUGUUCGUUGUAGUAUGGCUUUUGGAAUGUGACAU